CGCCUGCGAUCCAAUUCUUUUUCCACGACGGUCGUGAAGGGUGGAUUCCAAGGCACAGUAUUGGAUUGCCAGCUGAAAGGCUCCUCCCAGCAUCAUUCGGACAUGGACAGGAGGUCGUCGAAGCCUCACGAAAUCAUGCUGUCCUUCUUCAGUCGCCGCGCUUCGUUCAAGAGCAAAGACGCGUCUUCAUACACGGCAGCUCAGGAAGUCCCCAUUUGCGAGGGAGUGGACGACAUAGAGGAGUCUUCGUGUAUCGCCAGCGGCCCAGGAAGCCAGCAAGACCUGGCAGGACCUCGGGAAAGGGGCAAGUGGGCGGGAAAGGCGGACUUCGUAUUCGGCUGCAUCAGCUAUGCCGUGGGCCUUGGGAACGUCUGGCGGUUUCCCUACCUCUGCUACGAAAAUGGAGGAGGUGCUUUUCUCGUUCCAUAUUUCAUCUGUCUGGUCACAACUGCUAUUCCCAUGUUCUAUCUGGAGGUGGCCAUAGGGCAGUACUUGAGCCUAGGUGGCAACGGCAUCUGGAAGAUACUUCCUAUGUUCAAAGGCAUUGGCAUAGCAUCAAUGACGAUAGUCAUUCUCUGCAAUAUCUACUACAUGGUGAUUGUGGCGUGGAUCCUGUUCUACCUCUUCUCCUCGUUCACCGAGGUGCUCCCUUGGAAGCACUGCGGCAACCACUGGAACACCGACAACUGCUGGGAGUACAACAGCACCGAGCUUGCUCCACACAAUCGCUCCGUCAGUCCUGUCGUCGAGUUCUGGGAAAACCAUGUGCUUGGUAUUUCGUCAGGACUGCACGAAAUGGGGAGCCUGAAGCUAGAACUCACACUCUACCUAUGUGUGGCAUGGGCCUUCGUCUAUUUCAUCAUCUGUAGGGGCCUCCACCAAAGUGGAAAAAUUGUCUGGGUGACUGCCAUUUUUCCCUACAUCUGCCUCUUCAUCCUCAUGGUGAGGGGUGUCACGCUCGAUGGAGCUUUGGACGGUCUGCUGUUCUAUGUGACCCCAGACUGGAGCCACCUGUUCAAGCCAAAGGUAUGGAUUGCGGCGGGAGCCCAGGUGUUCUACACGUUUGGUGUUGGAUUUGGCUCGUUGGUCACACUAGGUAGCUACAACAAGUUUCAUCAAAAUUUCUUCAGAGAUUCGGCCAUUGUGUGUUUCGUUAACCCCUUGACGAGCAUACUGUCAGGAACAGUGAUCUUCUCUGUGCUCGGUCACAUGGCGCACUUGGCAGGCAAGUCGGUUGGCGAUGUUGUCAAAUCAGGGCCAGGUUUAGCGUUUCUUGUAUAUCCCGAAGUCGUCAGUCGGAUGCCUGCCUCCGCAGUGUGGUCAAUACUUUUCUUCGUCAUGUUGCUCUGCUUGGGAAUUAACAGUGAGUUCUGUACAGCAGAAGCCCUAGUUGCGGGCAUACUCGACGAAUGGCCUCAGCUCAUUAGCCGACGAAAACUGGUCGCAUUAAUAAUGGUUAUCUUCCAAUUAUUGCUCGGGCUUCCUAUGGCGACUCAGGGAGGCAUGUACCUUCUACAGCUGAUGGACAACUAUGCUGUCUCUGGAAUCACAUUGCUUUUCGUUGUGUUCUUUCAAGCAGUUGCCUUGACAUGGAUAUAUGGCAAUAACAACAUAUCUGACCACAUCAAGGAAAUGAUUGGACGCCGGCCUAACAUCCUGUUUCGAGUGAGCUGGUCCAUCAUUAUUCCUGCAAUGUGUGUGGCAAUAUUUAUGUUUUCUGUGAUCAAGUACCAGCCCAUAGUGUAUGCCAAUACAUACACUUAUCCAUGGUGGGGCGAGAUGAUGGGCUGGUUAAUGGCGCUUGUGUCCAUGAUUAUGAUCCCAGCCUAUAUGAUAUAUUUUUUAAUUACAACGCCUGGAACCCUGCGACAGAGGUUACGCGCUGGUGUAACAUCUCAACUUUCGACGUACGCCACAAAUGAAGUAAAGGAGUACACCUUUAGCAACACAGCCCUGCAAACCUAGGUGUACGGAAAACGCCUAGACACACUCAUCAAUCACCCAUUACAG